GAGUUUUUGUUGAACCGCGACAAACGAUUCAGAACGAGCAGCAACGCAACUUGUGAAGAGGAUCUGGAGAUAUAUAUUUCUCCUUGUACGGUGGAUCGUCACUGAUGAUGUUGUUCUGAGAACUCCACAUGCACUCGCGAAAACCUAGUUUCUAUUCGCCGGCGACAAAUAUGGACAAACAUGAUGGUGCGGAUCCCUCCAAGAUUCCGUCCAUAUAUGGUAGGGUGCCAGCUAUUUCCGAUGGAAGUGGCAGCAGCGAGUUAUACGCGAUCUGGGAGGUGGGAUGAGCAAGACGGCAUGCGGCAGGUGUCCAGCAGGCGAUGUGCAAGAGCGCACCAGGGAGCUGGGUACGCGUUUACCCCGCCGGUGACUUGGAACGCCAGCCUGCAAUGCGUUGUUUCCAAAGUUCUAGAGUUCGUCACCCUACUUAUUUUGUGACAUGCAGAUUCCACCUUUCCUGGCUUCAGGGCACCCAGCCAGGGCCUGCGGGCGAUGCCUUCAUAUACUCGCUCGUAAGCUGGAUGCCGGCCUGGAUGCUCGGUUUAUCCUUUCCCUCUGGAGGCUCCUCUGCUCACCGGUCUGUCAGGCUUAUUCUCGAUCGUCGCCCUGGGAUCCCAGUCUAGUGGCCUGUUCUCACUCGGCGGCACUGGUCCGGCGACAUCAUUCUUAAUUCCAAGUCCUGGACUUUCUGUGUUCCGACUCUGAUUGCAUUCUUGUGGUGGCCGCAAACGCCAAAUCACGAGGCCAUUCAGUAUCAUUAUCCCGUUCUUCAUCUGCGUAUCUCUAUACAAGGUACAUCUUGCCGUCCCUGCCGCUCACACCCCGGCGACUCAUAUCGUUUAUUUCUCACCCAAAAGCUAGAAACUCUUCCCCCGCCCUAUCAGCCGUACUUUCUGCCGACAACUCAUCCGUUUGCUCCCAUAGCUGCCAGCCAUGUCACUCGAUCAACGCACCCACGCGAACUACCCGUACUCGUCGUAUCCUUCGUCCUCCGACUCGACCUCGUUGUCUCUUACAGCACACUGGCACCAUCGAUCAACCCCUCAGGGAAUUGCUAGCUCGGCGCCGCUUCACUUUCAGAACGGAGCUGGCGGUGGGCAUGGCGCCGAGCUAGAUCCCUCAGAUCCUUCGCCUUCUCCGUACGUCUGGGACGCCCAACAGAAUAAUGUUAAUGAGCACGCUUCGCAUCAUCGCCAUCAGUCUGCCAGUUCGUGGUCAGUUCCUGGAUCGCUGCCAUCUUCGUCCUUCGCCAGUGCUUAUGACGCGUACCAUGACGAGUUUGCCUCCGCCUCUGAUGAAUAUUACCAACCUAGUUCACAGGCGUCGAAUUCUUCCUCGCAUGCGGCCCAUAUUUCGAAUAACAAUCACGGGAGCUCUUUUGCGGGCUCCAGUAGCCUCGCGAGUGCCGUGGGAUCGUUCUCCUACGCCCAUUUAUCUUCUUCGUCCCAUUCGCAUUCACAUUCCCCUUCGCCUUCCUCCAUCCCUUCUGUCCACCACUCGCAUUUCUCCCAACCACCCGAUCCAAGACCCAAAUUCGAACCCGCGUCAUGGAACGGCCAACGCAUCACAGGUCGUCUCUACAGAAUCGACGCCUCCCCCGAACCCCAGCUGUCCCCAGGUCUCAGUACGAGCCCUCUUACGCCCAUCUCCCCAUCCGAUCACAACUUCCCAAGCAUCAUCACAUCCACAAACUCUCGUCCCAAUGUUAAUCCCAAGGCGUCGUCAUCGUCGUCAUCGACCCGAGUCAAGCAGGAACCCGAUGAACCUGAACAUACAGAUGGCUUCGUGUUCGAGAUGUCUUCCGGCCCUCUGUUCCCUGGAUCUGGUUCCUCGCGUGGAGAUUCAGGCGGUGGCGGAGGCUUGGGUAAGGGCAGGAUGUCUGGAGAGAACGGGCAUCUGGUGCCGCAUUAUUCACCAAUGUCUGUUGUGCCCCUCCGAGCGACACAAGCAAGUGCGGAUAUGAAAAAGAUGAUGAGCGCGUUUCGCUUGGAUCCUUUCACCAUGCAUAACGGCCCUAAUUCUCGUGCCGCCAAGAAGGCCAACAAGCUUUCUUCCGCGUCUGCAUCUGGCGGCUUGGGUGCUAGUGGGAAAGGGAAGAAGAGGAAACGGUCGGAUUUGUUGGAUGACAUCGAAGAGGAAAACGAUGACCUCGAGGGGUUGGGCAAGAAUUGGCUAGGCGAAGAUAUUGGACCACUCAUCGGUGAUGUUAUGCUCAUCGAAUUCGAAGUCGGACUCGUCGAACCGCUCUUAGACCCUUCCCUCUGCACCUCUCCUGAUGCUUCAUACGACUGGUUCCGCGAUUCAUUUGCGGGGGACCAUGGCGGUGACGGUGCUUUUGGGUAUGGGAGUAUAUGUGGGAAUGAAAGAGGUAGCAAAGGAUUGGGACCGGGUGAGAGCUCGAUGAUGAGUUUUUUGAAUGUCGUUGCGCUGAGCCCGAGAGAUUAUUCGUUGGCGAGUGCCCAUCAGGCGUUGGUUGGGAGACAUCUGGUUGCUGGAGACUCUGUGCCCGCUGAAGUCCUUAACAUUCCUUUAAGCUCGAACGACGCACACGAUCCCAAUACAGCCCCUACUUCAUCCCUCACAGCCACCCUAGCAACAUCAAUGCAGCCCAACAGUCUUCUCUACGCCUUUGACCGCCCCGAAGAACAAGACGUGAACAUGUCCCCAGACACCAUAUCCAACGCCCAAACAUCUUCACUCUCCUCCCUCUCCUACUCAUACGCUUCUCCCGAAAUGGCUUUCGACGUCCCUAUGGCUUCGUCUCUACCAGGCUUGUCCAGCUCGGAAUCGACGACAGAUGAAUCGUCGGCAUCUGAUCUUUCUGUGCUCAGUUCUUCCACUCCGUCAGGCGACUCGAUGGGUUGCAAUACGUAUAAUACGGGGGCGGCGGCAUAUACUACUAGUACACAUGCGUACGACGCGUAUAACUCGCUCAACUCGAUCAAGCAACCUUCUCUCUUGUCCAAUCAUUAUACUUCUGGUCCGGGCUCAUCUCAGCAUCCUCACUAUAACUCGAACUCUUCGGGCGGGUUUGGGUUGGAUGAUAUGCUCACUGAUACCAUCACUUCUUCGUCCCUUGAAGAACACAGGUCUGCGCCGAAUACGAAUAUGAAUGGGGUGGGGAUGAAUGGGGCGGGUAUGAAUGGGUAUGAAUCGUUGAUGACGCCUGUGCAAUCUUUGCAGUGGCAUAUGCAGAGUCGGCCUGCUGUGGAGAUGGGUCGGGAAUAUCAUAGGAAUGGUGAUUUUUCGACGAUGUCCACUGUGGGUGUGAAUGGGAAUCUGAAUGGGAAUGGGGGGAGUGGGCUCGGGGGAGGUCAGGAAAAAUCAUCGGGUCUGAGGUCGAGGUAUAGAUCAAACACACAUCCGAAUCCGAAACGAGAAGACGAUUACAUGCAAUUUAGAUUCCGGUCGCCCUCGCCUCCUCCUUCUCAUCAGCAUAAUCACGCGAGGAACUCCAUCGAGUCUCCGUUAAGGUCUCCUACACCUCCGUCGUCACGAUCUCCCAGAGUGAGACCCAAGUCUUUGGUCGAUCAUAUUCGACAAUCGACGUUUCAUCCGACGAAGAGGGUUACUUCGCCUACGGACAGGGGAGGCGGUGGCGGAGGGGGUGUUGGUGGUGGGGAAUCACAUCUGAGUGAGAGGCAUCAUCCGUAUCGUGAUACAAGACCACCGUCCACUCGUACGAACUCUGCAUCGUCGACUCGGUCAUCAUUCUCCGAUUCCAAAUCGUUCCCUACGAAUCAUUCGAAUCGAGGACAAGGACAACAACAUAUGGGUACGCGUCCGUCAUCAUCGUCGACGUCUACGACGUCACCUCCUCCUCCCCCUUCUCGUUCAUCAUCUUCGCCCGAUCACAGUCUCCCACUUACGCUACGCCACCGACGACAAUUGUCCGGGACGGAUACGUCUGGGUAUCCGUUCAACAUUGGACUCUCACUUCCGCCUGUUCAAGCAUCAUCGUCGACACCUUCUUCUUCGAUUGCGUCGUUGUCCACGAUGAUGGGAGAGUCGAAUUUGAGCUUGGGUGGGAUGAGCGCUGCUGCUGCUGCUAUGGGUGUGGGUGUGAGUAUGGGAAUGGGAAGUGGGGGUAAUGGAUGGCUAGGGACGGUGGUUGGGACAGGUAUCUAGAAUUUGGGACGAUAUUAUAUCGUAAUCGGUGAGGCUUGUAGAGGGUCGUCUCUUGGGGGACGACAGUGGUUCUGUUAUCAUGACACAGUUGUGUAUCUUGCUUUCGCGCGCGCUAUUUCUUGCUUUUGACUCGGAACUUACCAAUGCUGCUUCCUUCAUAUGCAUAUGAUACCUUACCUUGGUUUUUUCUUUCUUUCUUGGAUUAUGGGUAUUUUUUUACCAUACGUGCAUGGAAUUCGAUACCCAAUUUGCAUUGUCUACUUAUGUCCUUAUGUCCGUUUCGCUACGCCGGAGUGAUUUCGAUGAAGUCAUCACUUA